AUGGACACAUCGAAUAUGAACUCAUUCGUGCAAUAUACAUUUAGCAAUCGAUCCUAUUCUAGACCUAGAUCCGGAUACCAUCAGCAUUUGCUCCAACAUUCUUUGGACCAGCAUCAAGGGUUCCAACUGACCAACGACAUCCACCCAGGCCACUCAGCUCCCCAAGUUCCCGCCACUGUGUCGAGAGGUUCAAGGCUCUGUUAUAGUGUAGAUGCACGCUUGCACGUGAGCGCUGAUGAUGGAGGACCAAAUGAGACAACAGGAUCAGCCCAGCAUUAUCAACAAGCUCCUCAUCACGAGUAUCAACAGACAAACAACGGCUACUAUCAUGACCCUCACGACACACAAAGUGGAUUAUUAUCUUUCUAUCAUAACGGAGGUACUGUCAAUAACGGGGCCUAUUUCGAGCAGGCCUGCACUGCAAAUGCUGACUACAAUACAACGACGGGGCCUGAUAACACCAUCCAACCUCAAUAUUUCAUGGAUGAGCCAGUAACAUCGACUUAUUAUCAUCAAUCAACAUUUUCUACCUCGGCCCCCACCGUCGGUACGAGCUGUGGGACUCUUGCGGCGGCCUAUUGUGGGCCUCAGGCUCCCCUGGUUGGUUCCCAUUUCUCGCCUCAGGUUAGGUCCGUUCAAGAGGCAGCCGGCUACUUGGGACUCGCACACUUAGGAAGAAAUGGAGAGCUACCGGUACCUAUCGAGAGAGAGAGGGAGGAUGAGGAGACUCAGCAAGGGGGACGAGGGCAAACCUUUGACUGGAUGAAGGUGAAGAGGAAUCCACCUAAAACAGUUAAAGUGCCAGACUUCAGCCUAGCUGGUGCCAACAACACCCUGCGCACCAACUUCACAACACGGCAGCUCACAGAAUUGGAAAAAGAGUUCCAUUUUAGCAAGUAUCUGACCCGGGCAAGACGAGUGGAAAUCGCCGCCACACUCGAUCUUAACGAGACCCAGGUGAAAAUCUGGUUCCAGAACAGGCGCAUGAAGCAGAAAAAACGGGAGAAAGAAGGCACGUCCACACUGGUGUUUCCCUCCUCUUCGGGUUCGUUUAACACCAGCCGUGGGUUUAUCAAGGAACUGGAAGAAACGGACCAAUCUUCUGCAUCCACCUCACCAAACGCAUCUCCAUAUUCCGAGUAAUGCAGCAAAUGCAGCAUUCCUCACACAGAUGUGACGUUUCGACAAAUCAUGCCUUCGAGAACAACUGUCGGGCCCCAAAUUGAGGUUUUUUGAUGCCUAUUUCGUUUUAUGUUUUUUUAAUUUUUGCAAGUUGUUCUUUGAUUAUGCUUUAUUGUAGCUCUAGAUGUCAGUGUGUCAACU